GUGGUUGCAUUGUACAACCUGCCGUACUGGAAGAAACGUCAGUCUGGCAAUUGGAGACUUCUGUUUAAUAGAAAAGAAUUUGUUUGUUGAUUUUCAUUCGAAAUAUUUCACAGAUCUUAUCCACAAUAACCUACUAGGUUUUCUUAUUAUACAAUUAAUGGUUUGCUUUAAUCACUUUUUCCACUAAUGUAGAUUAGUUUAUUUUAUACUUAUACAAACGCAUGUUUUUCCAGAAUGUUGCUUGAACAUCCAGGAUCAAGUUGCCAGAAUCAUGAACAUUUCUCUAGAUACGGCGCGACUCAAGAGAUGCCGGUAUGUGCCGGAUGUAACCGACACAUAGCGGACCGUUUCAUCCUAAAGGUCCUUGAACGCCACUGGCACAGUAAAUGCUUAAAAUGCAACGACUGCCGAACCCAGCUGGCAGACAAGUGUUUCAACCGAGGCGACAGCUUCUAUUGCAAAGAAGACUUCUUUAAGAGAUUUGGGACUAAAUGUGCUGCUUGCCAGCAAGGGGUCCCACCGUCCCAAGUAGUGAGAAGAGCGGAAGACUUCGUGUUUCACCUGAAUUGUUUCGCCUGCAUUGUGUGCAAGAGGCAGCUGGCCACAGGUGAUGAAUAUUACUUAAUGGAAGAUAGCCGGCUCGUUUGCAAGACUGACUACGAAACUGCAAAGCAGCGAGAGGCAGACUCAUCUGUGAAAAGACCACGGACAACCAUCACAGCAAAACAGCUGGAAACCCUGAAAUUGGCAUACAACAACUCACCGAAGCCGGCCCGACAUGUGCGGGAACAGCUGUCAUCGGAAACAGGUCUGGACAUGAGGGUUGUGCAGGUCUGGUUCCAAAACAGACGAGCGAAGGAGAAGAGACUGAAAAAGGAUGCCGGUGGGCAUAGGUGGGGGCGAUACCUCCGAGGCCUGAAGCGGCCCCGGGCCAGCAACAGCCAGUCAGACAAGGGCAGCGUCCAGGAGGAGGACAUGGACAGCGAUGCCGAGGUCUCCUUCACAGAUGAACCAUCAAUGGCAGACAUUGACCUUUCCGAUGGGAUCUAUAGAGCAGUGAGCGAGACAUCGCCGGUUACGGAAAGGCUGAUUCCGAAACACAGCAGCCCCUAUGGUCCCCCCCAGUCCCCGAGACCCACGCAGCCUCUGCUGGGACAGCAGCCACUUGUGUCCAGCUUGUUGUACCCCGAAGCAGCGAUGUCCAUCCUGAUCUCAGGCAUGCGUGUCAUUGGGAGCGGAAACGGCCCCACUUCAGACCUGUCCACAGGCAGCAGCGGUAGCUACCCAGACUUCCCUGCAAGUCCAGCCUCCUGGCUCGAUGAAGUAGAUCAUAAUCAGUUCUGAUUGGUCUACAGGAGGACGGCACUGUUCAUUUAAAAUGAGUUUUUUCUGCCCACUUUCACAGAAUGUGACAAUUUUUGGAGACACAUGGCAUUCAAGUACCUUGGAUUAUUAUUUCAGAGAUGGUGUUAGGGGUCUCUAUGUGUCCUCCAUACCAGUGCUUAGUGUUUUAUACUGUAACUGGUCAUUGUUAAACCCUUAGCAGUGUGUAUGUGGAAGGCCUUUCUAAUACGAACAUCAUAUGAAGACAUUUACUUAACUUAAACUUUUUUACAAAAAAUAUGUUGCUGCUGUCUACAUCACAUGUCCCUCAGUCGCUUCUGAUGUCACUGGUAGUUGCAAGGAGAGCUCUUUAAAAUGCUCAAUUUUUGCAAAUGAUUAUUCAAAUAAAGUUAUUUUCUUAUAAAAUACGAUGUCAUCACUCAUUAUUUACAUGCAUUAAUACUACACAACUUGUGAUGGUUAGUAAUAGACGGAAUACCUGGAAAUGUCAAGUUUGCUUUUAGGGUCAGAUGAAUUUCAGCUUUUUUUUCAGUGAAGCGUCACUUUACUGGCACCCCUGAGCAUGGCUGUGCUAUGGCAUUGAAUUAAAAUGGCUCUCAUGGGUUUUGGCUGAUGUCACUUCCUGUUUGUGUUGCCUGUUUUGCUCUGUUGUUCCUGUGAUACAUUGCAGUAUUAGUACGAGUGUCUUUCAGGGGCAGGCUGUUGCUAAAUGUCUAUCUAUUGCAGAUUUCCACUGUAAAAAUCUCUGUUUUAACAGAUUUCUGAAAAAUAACUUGAACAAAGGUACGCGGGGUGGUAAAUGUGAUUAAAAGGGGUAGAUCAGUUAUAAAACUAUUUUCUUAUGUAAUAAUUGUGUGUAUGUCAUCAUAUUUCAUUUGUUAUGUGAUGCUGAAACAAUCUGGGAUUGUUCAUUGUCAGUGUUUGUUUUGUGAAUGAUGUUGUAUGGAUCUUAUUUAUUAAUCUGAAAGUUAAAGAAUACUUGAAUAAAUACGAAUCAUAAGACC